ACGAGAAAACAAACAUCAUAACGGACAAAUCAACAUUUUUUGAAUUCAAAAAACACUCUCUUCAUAUUUACAUCACUCACACUCUCAUUCAUCUCAAUUCACUCACAAUGGCAUCCCUAACACCAGGCUUAAUCCUCAAACUCCUCCAAGCAAUGAACACCGAUACACGCGUCACCGGCGACCACCGUUCUCCACUUCUCCAGCUGAUCGGAAUAGUACCUGCUUUAGCCGGUUCAGAUCUCUUCUCCAACCAAGGCUUCUAUCUUAACCUCUCAGAUUCCCUCAAUUCCACUUAUGUCCUUCUCUCUCACCCUGACACUGACCUAAUCCUCAAUAACCGUCUUCAAUUAGGUCAAUUCCUCUACGUCGAUCGAUUCCAUUUCAACUCUCCUCUUCCUAUCGUAACCAACAUUCGUCCUCUCACCACUCGUCACCCUUUUGUCGGAACACCGGAGCCACUCGUCGCUCGCAUUUCAUCAACUUCUCGUCAUUUCACCAUUCAACCUCUUUCAGAUUCUGAUGAUCCUCUUUCUCUUUACCUCUCCACCAACACUACACAGUCUCCGAUUUCAACCAAUCAAAUUCAUCAUCAACAGCAGCAGCAACAGAAACAGCAACAGCAACAGAAAUUGAACAAUGCUAGACAGCCACUUGCUAACAGAGAGAAUUUACCUGCAAGAUUUUCAUCUCCGGCAACUGCCAAGAGAUCGCAAUCUACUGGAAAGUUUGGUAAAGUUUCUGCUGAGAGGGAUCCUUCUCCUGCUGGAAAAGGGAAGAGAUCUAGUUCACCUGUGCCAUCGAAAUGUGUGGUUCCGAGUUUGGUUUCGGCUAAGGAUGAAAAUCGGAGGGUUUCGCGUGAGGCUGCGAUUAUUGUUCCGUCUAGGUAUAGACAACCGUCUCCUACUGCGAGGAAACAGCCUUCACCUAAUCCGAGAAGAGCUUCGAUUUCUCCCGGGAGGAGGUUGUCUGGUGGUAUUAAGUUUUCGCCGGCUGUGGGGGAUGCUUCUGGGAGGAAGAAGAUGGUGGCUGGAAUCCCUAAGAUUUCUGAUUCAUUGAUGGGAUCGGCUAAGACGGCGAGGAAGAAUUGGGAUGAGCAGAAUGUUGAAGGUGAAAGCAUAGAAAAGAAUGUUGCUGCUGCUUCUAAAACUAGGGUUGAUUCUCAAUCAAGCAUAAAAACUCAGGCUGCAAUGUCAAGGAGAUUGAGCGAUGUGAAAAGUCAAAAAUCUGAUAAUAAUGAUUCUUCAUCUGUGGAUGAGAAUAGUAUAGUCUCUUCUCCUCAAAGAAGUUUGGAGCUAGAGAAAUCCAAGUUGGUAGAUCUUGGCAUUACAAUUCAUGAGAAGAAAUGGACAGAUGGAAGUGUUGCUCUUGAUGCAGUGUCUGCCAAUCUUUCGAAGCUUGGAAAGGAAGCAAUGCAGAGGAAAGCUCUUGCUUCUGCAGCUGCUGCUGCAGCAUUAGAAGAGGCCAAUGUUACUGAAUGCAUAAUAAGAAAUUUAAGCAUGUUUUCAGACCUUUGUUCUGUGUCCAAAGCGAAAAAUCCUUUGCCAACCAUGGACAAAUUCUUUGUCAUCUAUGAAGAUGUUCUAAGAUCAAUCGCAAUGGCUGAAUCUGUUGCUGACAGUCACAAGUUUGCUACAUCUGAUGACAACAUUCACACAGAGCAAUCAAAAUCACUCUCCCUGUGGGUUGAUGCUGCUUUGGCCACUGAUCUUGAGAUAGUAUCCCUUCUUACUGAAACUGGCACAGAUACUACAUCAGCGCUUCAGAAAAGUCUGUCAAAACGACACUCUCUUAGCACACCUAAGAGUCAUCUAAAUGUUUUGUCAUCUCCACAAUCUAGUCCAAGUGGUGAUGUGUGGACAAGAGGAAAUGGAAUGAAAGAAACACUAGAGCUUGGAAGGAAUUUGCUAUCGGAAAUGCAAAUGUGGUUUCUACGCUUCGUUGAAGAGUCUCUUGAAGCAGGAUUUAAAGUGUUUGGAGAGAGUGCUGGUGGUGGGAACAAGACAUUGCCUCUGGAUGGUGGCUCCAUUGCUAUUGUUUUAUCACAUUUGAAGCGCGUAAAUGCAUGGCUGGACCGUGUGGUUUCUAAAGGGAAUCAUUCAUUGACUGAUAAGAUUGAGAAAUUGAAGAGGAAAAUCUAUGGUUUUGUUAUCCAACAUGUGGGAUCUACUUUUGAUAAUUCAGCUUCAUCCUGAAAUUUUAUUUUAUUUUUUUGUUUUUUACUUUGAGUUUGGAUGUUGAAAUUGUGAUGAAAGGAAGAGCUUCUUCUAUCUUCAAAAAAUCUGCUUUGCAUGGGAAAGUGAUUAGGGGAUCACUGUAAAUUCCAAUAUCAUCAAUGAUGUUGCAUUGAACAAACAAUGAUGACUGAAUGAUUAAAUUUAAAGCUUGUUUGUCAUUAUAUUA